AUGGGCCAGGGCAAUUCGACCGCCGCCGACCCGCCCUCUCCAGAGGAACUCGCCCUCCGACUCACUAACAUCUUCGCCAAGAAAUGCUUCUCGCCCUUCGAACUCCGCUGCUUCAAGCAGACGUUCAAGUCGCUGGCCGAGGAGCAGUCGGGUGGGGUGACAUACUGGCCAGAAGCCACGCUUGUCAAGUUCCUUGAGCUGCCUGACGCCUUGGGAUCGGGAGCGGCGCUGUAUCACUUGUGCAGCUAUGUAGGCGCCUUUCCGUUUCCAAGCCAUGCGCCGGCGGUGUUGACGGGCGACGCGCUGUUGAGGAUAGUGUGUUUGAUGACGGGCAGGUAUAUGAAGGUGCUGCACAAUGGGAAGGAGGUUUGGAGACGGGAGAUAUGGAGGGCUUGUGCAGUGUUUGAGCCAGAGGCUUCGACUGCUACCACGAAGAAAACGGACCCUGCAGAGGAGACAACAGGUGGGGCUGCUUUUGCGAGUGAAGCCCAAGAUACAAGAGCCGAAGCUUCGACGAUGGGGAACCAAAAGCAGGAGGAAGGUGGAGGCGACGAAGACGAGCUCGCAUUCCAUGCUUUUGAGCUGAUAGAUGCUCUAGAAGUGUACAAGCAGGGUGAGAAGGCUAAUGUCCAACAUGGCUCGAUCCCAAGCGAACGCUUUCUAAAGCUUCUCCAACUCCUCCUUCUCAUUGCCCCUAUCGGACGCGCGGAGAACGUGUCAUUGUACACAACUCAAUUGCACGAGAGGCGAUUCGAAGGUCUGCGUGCCACUUCCGAGUGCAUCCUGGCGUCCUUUGGGGUCGGGCAGAAUUCUGGCAUCGGAUACAAGGCCUUUGACGCCGUGAUCGCAAACACCCUUCCUCACCUGUUCGAUAGCUUUAACCCUCUGUUUGAGCAAUUCCUCUUCCCAAAGGAUUUCGAUGUCCGCAAGAGCAAGGCCUCCAUUCCCGAAGACGCUGCACCGGUAUCUACUCCCGAAGUUCCAAAUGCUACGGUUGCCUCUCAUAUACAACCUGUGCAAAUUCCAACACCGGAGCCUCUUUUACCUGUGGAAGGUGACAUCCUCGAUCUCAACUUGCUCUCCCAGCUCUCCUUCAUUUUCUCCGACAAGAGUAUCUUUCACCGCCUGCAUCCGCUUUAUCUCGGCCAUAACCAAGGCUACAGCAUGGGCUCCUUUGAGAAGUCUGUGUUCAAGUGGCAUGCACCCUCCAUCCUGCUCGUCUCGGGCACCCUCCUCUCCCCCACCACAAAGCAGAGCCAAGCGCGCGCAUUCCUCGACGAACUCCCGCACCGUCGACUCUCCUCCAGCGUGGAUUCCCCUCCACCCCUUCAAUCCGCGACGGCCUCAACAGCAGCAUCCGCUCCAGACACCCAGCGCAUCAUCUACGGCGCCUACGUCCCCGUCCCUUGGGAAGCAAGCAACAAAUCCAGCUUUGGAAAUGACAAACCUACCCUCUUCCAGCUCUCCCCCGUCCACGACGUGUUCCCCGCCUCCUCCGUCAAUCAAAACUACACGUACUUCAACAAACCUCCUUCACUUUAUUCGGGUCUAGGCUUCGGCUCCCCCCUCCCAACCUACAGCUCCAUGACAGCUUCGCAGCAGUCCAACAGCACCCGCCGGUCCUCGAUCACCAACUACUCGGCGCGUGACACCGCCUACGGCUCUGGCAGUUUCUCAGAGAGCAGUUUUUCCGGCCCUUCCAGCCCGAGCCUAACCCGCCGCAGCUCGCUGAUCGGCGACGAAUACGUGCCCCUCGGGCCCGUAUCGCUGCACAUUGACGAUGCACUCGAAUUCGGGGUCUUCACGCACAUCACCUCGAGCGGGAGCUCGUUCCAGCCCUCGAGAUUGCCGGCGACGGCAAGAUCUGGCAAUGGUGCGGAUUGGCAGGAUCGGUUUGAGAUUGAUGCCAUUGAGGUUUGGGGCGUUGGUGAUGCAAGUGUAGCCGAGGAGCAUAGGAGGGCUUGGCUGUGGGAGACAAGGGAAGCGGAGAGAAGGAAGACGGUGAAUAUGGGGAUGGGCGAUAUCGAGGCUGACAGGGAGUUGUUGAAGAUGUCGGGGCUGAUCAAAGACGAGGGAACGGGUUAG